AUGCCACAUAACGAUCCUCUCCUCGUCGACCUUGACAUCGGUGAAUGCCUAGUCGCAAAAGUCCUUAUUGAUACCGGCAGCUCGGUCGAUCUCAUCUUUCGCGACACACUCGACAAAAUGGGAGUUGAUUUAAGGGAUAUGAAGCCUUCCUCUCGCAGGCUCACCGGCUUCAACGGAGCCUCGGAGCAAAUGAUCGGGACAAUUCGUCUUCCAGUAUAUGCAGGUGGUAUAACCCGCACCGUCAAGUUCUCCAUCAUCCGCACCAAAGCACCCUAUAAUGCCAUACUCGGAACACCAUGGCUGCAUUCCAUGAAAGCUGUUCCUUCGACCUAUCAUCAAUGCGUCAAGUUUCCUGGAAAGGACGGCAAAACACAGACGAUUCAGGGAGAUCAACAAGCCGCGAGAGAACUGCUGAUCGCAACUGUAAAGAUGCAGCAACAGGCUUCCCUUGUCAACUCCGUUAGUAAACCAAUCCACAAGAUAUUCCCCCAGAAGGAGGAAGUUCGCGAAGUCGCAAUCGAUGAGUCCGACCCGACGAAAAUCAUCCGAGUGGGCGUCUACCUGUCCGACGACAUAUGUUCAAGGAUCAUCUCUUUCAUCAAAGACAACGCCUCGACGUUCUCCUGGAAGACCUCCGACAUGAAGGGGAUCAACCCCGCAGUUACCUCUCAUGAACUAUACGUCGACCCGACGUUCAAACCCAUCCGACAUAAGCGACGAAAACUCGGUCCAGAACGAUCUAAAGCCGUAAACGAAGAAGUCGAUAGGCUUCUCGACGCGGGUUUCAUUACCGAAGUCCGAUACCCCGAAUGGUUGGCUAAUCCGGUUGUCGUCAAAAAGAAAAACGGCAAAUGGCGCAUAUGCGUCGACUUCACAAACCUCAACAAGGCAUGCCCAAAGGACAGCUACCCACUCCCUCAUAUCGAUCGUCUCGUCGAAUCAACUGCUGGUAACGAACUCCUAACCUUCAUGGAUGCUUUCUCGGGAUACAACCAGAUCUUGAUGCAUCCCGACGAUCGCGAGAAGACAGCAUUCAUCACUGACAGAGGGACUUACUGCUACAAGGUGAUGCCCUUCGGGCUAAAGAACGCCGGCGCGACUUAUCAGCGACUCGUCAACCGAAUGUUCGUUGAUCAGCUUGGCAAAACCAUGGAAGUGUACAUCGACGAUAUGUUAGUCAAAUCGCUCAAGCGAGGAAUCAAAGCUAACCCCAAGCAGAUCUCGACAAUUCUCGACCUUCUGAGCCCGAAGAACAGCCGCGAAGUACAGCGACUAACGGGACGCAUAGCAGCUCUCAACCGGUUCAUCUCGCGAUCAACCGAUAAAUGUCUUCCCUUCUACGAGCUACUAAGGGGCAACAAGAGGUUCAUCUGGGACGAAAAAUGCGAAGAGGCGUUCAAUCAACUCAAGCAUUACCUCAUGACCCCACCAGUACUAUCGAAGCCACAGGCCGGCGACACAUUGUCUCUCUACAUAGCUGUCACAUCCUCCGCCGUUAGCAGCGUACUCAUUCGAGAAGAUCGGGGAGAACAUAAACCAAUCUUUUACACAAGUAAAAGAAUGACCGAGCCGGAGACGAGAUAUCCAACACUCGAAAAGAUGGCCUCAGCCGUCGUCGCCUCGGCCAGAAAACUGCGACCCUACUUUCAGUCGCACACGAUCGAAGUACUGUCCAACCAACCACUCCGAACGGUUAUGCAGAAUACUAACCAGUCAGGACGGUUGACUAAAUGGGCGAUGGAGCUGAGCGAACAUGAGAUAGUGUACAAGAAUCGCACUGCAGCAAAGUCACCGGUCCUUGCCGACUUCUUGAUCGAGUUAACGCCAGAGCUAGAGCAAGACCUCAUCCUACCAUGUGUAAACUGGAUCCUACACGUCGACGGUUCAUCCACGAGUAAAGGGUCGGGAGCAGGAGUGCAAUUGCAAUCACCAACAGGAGAACUCAUCCGGCAUUCAUUCAGUUUUAGUUUUGCGGCGUCAAACAACGAAGCUGAGUACGAAUCCCUCAUCGUAGGGCUCCGUCUCGCCAAGGCAGUAAAAGCCAAAAGAAUCAGCGCUUACUGCGACUCUCAACUCGUCGUAAGCCACUACCUCGGCGAUUACGACGUCCGCAACGAAAGGAUGGAUGCCUACCUCAAACUCGUUCCUUGCGGAGAAAAUGUCUGUGCUGACGCCCUCGCCGCUCUAGGAAGCAAGCUACAGAACCAAGUCAAGAGGACAAUCCCAAUCCACAAAAUCGAGAAACCGAGCAUCGACACGAAGGCAGAGCAGACUGCGAUUGCAGCAGCGAUCAGCGAAGCGAUGGACAUCGACGAAGCAAAACCUCCUUCGCAAGAUGAUCAGCCAACAGAUUGGCGCAAGGAACUCAUCGAUUAUCUUGCUGAAGGUUUAUUGCCCACCGAGAAAUGGGACGCGCGGCGACUGAAGCGACGUAGCGCACACUACGUUGUCAUGGACGGGGAACUACACCGAUGGACUGCAACAAAGGUACUACUCAAAUGUAUCGCCGGAGAAGAAACGAGACUCGUCAUGGCCGAAACACAUGAAGGAGCGGCAGACAAUCUGAUGGAGGGUACGAACAAGAUAUCAGCUCAAUCUAGGGUUUUCGACUGA